CACAAACCUUCGCCAUUUGGCGGUUGUUCGCGGCGGAGGGAGAUUCCAAAAUGGAGCAGGUGCAGUGCUUCGGCCGUAAGAAGAAUGCGGUGGCAGUGACACACUGCAAGAAAGGUCGUGGUCUCAUUAAGAUCAAUGGCUGCCCAAUCGAACUCAUCGAGCCUGAGAUUCUCCGUUUCAAGGCAUAUGAGCCAAUCCUCCUUCUCGGAAGGCACCGUUUCGCCGGCGUCGAUAUGAGGAUCAGAGUGAAGGGAGGAGGACACACUUCUCAGAUCUAUGCCAUCAGACAGAGUAUCGCGAAGGCUUUGGUUGCAUACUAUCAGAAAUAUGUGGAUGAACAGAGUAAGAAGGAGAUCAAGGAUAUUCUUGUCCGUUAUGAUCGUACUCUUCUUGUUGCUGAUCCUAGACGCUGUGAGCCUAAGAAGUUUGGUGGUCGUGGUGCUCGUGCUAGGUUCCAGAAAUCUUAUCGUUAAAUUAUUUUCUAUUUACUGUACUUUUUUCUUUCGGAUAAUGAUAGUCUUUCAUGAUUUUCAGUACUCUCUGAAUUGCUAUGCUCUUUUUUUAAUUGAGAUUGCGAUUUUAAUGCAAUUCUUACAAAACAGUUUUGCUUAAUUUUAUUGUGUGCAUGCUUAUUAUAA